AUGGGAUUAUUCGUCUUUUUACAUUCAAGCGAUUAUCUGAUAUCCGUGCAAAGCACUGUUGCCGAUUUGGUGAGCAAACUUGAUACCGAAGAAUUCAACUGCGAACUAACAGAACAGCCUGCUUAUGCUCUUCUUGAACGCGCAAAUGCGCGAAAACAAGACGCAGUUGAGGCGGAGAAACUUCGUUGGCAGCUGGAAAAGAAGGAAAUGGAAAUAACAGAACUGAAAAUGAAUCUUCGCACUAAACUGGACGAUAUCAGCAAUUAUAAACCUGCUUCUGCUCUUCUUGAACGCGCAAAUGCGCGAAAACAGGACGCAGUUGAGGCGGAGAAACUUCGUUGGCAGUUGGAAAAGAAGGAAAUGGAAAUAACAGAACUGAAAAUGAAUCUUCGCACUAAACUGGACGAUAUCAGCAAUUACAAAUUGCGCCUGGAAUUAGCGGACAAAAAAAUAGAAUCGAUGGGCAAAGUGGAUGAGAACGAAAUGCAGAAGCUGCAGAAUGAGAAGGAUGAAAUGCAAAAGCAAUUGAAGAAAAUGAAGCUGUAA